CGGGAGCGCUGGGGCCGGCGCUGGUGACAGGCGGAGGCGGAGCGGGGCCGGGCCCAGCGGGCAGACCAAUUACCGAUUGGACUUCAUGAGCAUAAAUCCCUGAGACUGCUGAACUCCCCAACCCUGAUCCUUCCAGCAUGGACCAGGAUUAUGAGAGACGUCUCCUGCGCCAAAUCAACAUACAGAAUGAGAACACGAUGCCUUGUGUAGCAGAGAUGAGAAGAACCCUGACACCUUCCAAUUCUCCAAUGUCGUCUCCCAGUAAACAUGGAGACAGAUUCAUUCCCUCGAGAGCUGGGGCCAACUGGAGCAUCAACUUCCACAGAAUAAACGAAAAUGAAAAAUCACCAAGUCAGAACAGAAAAGCAAAGGAUGCUACGUCAGACAAUGGCAAAGAUGGCCUUGCUUACUCUGCCCUGCUGAAGAACGAGCUCCUGGGAGCAGGGAUUGAGAAAGUGCAGGACCCACAGACAGAGGACAGGAGGUUGCAGCCUUCCACUCCGGAGAAGAAGUCUCUCUUCACUUAUUCCCUCAGCACGAAACGUUCCAGUCCUGAUGAUGGCAAUGAGGUCUCACCGUAUUCCUUGUCUCCUGUCAGCAACAAAAGUCAGAAGCUGCUAAGGUCGCCCCGAAAACCAACUCGGAAGAUAUCCAAGAUCCCUUUCAAAGUGCUGGAUGCCCCAGAACUGCAGGAUGACUUCUACCUGAACCUGGUGGACUGGUCCUCUCUGAACGUGCUCAGCGUUGGCCUCGGGACGUGUGUUUACCUAUGGAGUGCUUGCACCAGCCAGGUGACCCGGCUGUGUGAUCUGUCUGUGGAAGGAGACUCUGUGACAUCUGUGGGCUGGUCAGAACGGGGGACCCUGGUAGCUGUUGGCACUCACAAGGGCUUUGUACAGAUCUGGGAUGCAGCUGCAGGAAAAAAGCUCUCCAUGCUGGAGGGACACACAGCCAGAGUUGGUGCCUUGGCUUGGAAUGCAGACCAGCUGUCUUCUGGGAGCAGAGACCGAAUGAUCCUCCAGAGGGACAUCCGUACCCCCCCCCUGCAGUCGGAGCGGCGGCUCCAGGGCCACAGGCAGGAGGUCUGUGGGCUCAAGUGGUCGACAGACCACCAGCUCCUGGCAUCCGGGGGGAAUGAUAACAAGCUCCUCGUCUGGAACCACUCCAGCCUGAGCCCCGUGCAGCAGUACACGGAGCACCUGGCUGCAGUGAAAGCCAUCGCCUGGUCUCCACACCAGCACGGCCUCCUCGCCUCCGGUGGGGGCACCGCUGACCGCUGCAUCCGCUUCUGGAACACCCUGACAGGGCAGCCCCUGCAGUGCAUCGACACCGGCUCCCAGGUGUGCAACCUGGCCUGGUCGAAGCACGCCAACGAGUUGGUGAGCACCCACGGGUACUCGCAGAACCAGAUCCUCGUCUGGAAAUACCCCUCUCUCACUCAAGUGGCGAAGCUCACAGGGCACUCAUACAGAGUCCUAUACCUGGCGAUGUCCCCGGACGGGGAGGCCAUCGUGACAGGAGCUGGAGAUGAAACCCUGCGGUUCUGGAAUGUCUUCAGUAAAACUCGCUCCACAAAGGAGUCCGUAUCCGUUCUGAACCUCUUCACCAGGAUACGGUAAACCCCCUCCCCAUACUGCGGCCCAGGAGAGCCCGGCCUGACGUACCGGGAUGGAACCACUGCUUUGGUGUGCAUGGGACCCCAGAGAGCAGCCGGGAGGGGAGGGAGCGCCGCUGGGCCUGGAGGAUGGACCCACAGGCACUGAUUAAACGGUGCUUGUGAACGGCGCUGGGGCGGUAUUUCGCUGGGGGGGGGGGGUGGGGGUGGGAGGGAACUGCCAAAGGAUGAAUCCAGAAACCUUUGUUGAAGGGGUACGGGUAGAAGAGGUCAAACCAGCGCCCUCCGGCCCUUUGUUUUUCUUUUGUACUGGAGAAAACGUGUUUACAUGGACCACUGAGACCGGACCAAGGCCAUCCCAACUGCUGUGUUGUCUGAUCUUAGGAGAGAGUAUCCUUGCCCCUGUGGGGCAAUGCCCCGGCUGAGCGUUGGCCUCUCUGCUAUCUAAAGGCACUCUUUGGAGCCUGGGAUCCCCACUGCACCGCAGAACCACUUAUUUCUUCCAGUGAAGCAGGUACCACAGUGCUGGCUCCCAUGAGGCUGCUGGGUUCUGGCCUGCUCACCAGCCACCUCCAAACAACGCAUCUUUGGGCUUUGAAGAGGCUCCACCUGGGAGGGAAGGCGCUCAAAGCCAGCUGCAAAUUGCUGUGGCGUUGUUUUAGGCCGAUCCUUUAUUUAACAGAGAGGGGGAAAGGAGAAAACAAAACCAAAACACACCAAUGGCUUUAAAAAGCCAAGCAAAGCAGCGUGCGUGCGGAGCUCCCGCGGCGCCGUUGGUUGUUGGGUUGGUUGUUGGGUUGGUUGGGUUGGUUGUUGGGUUGGUUGGGUUGGUUGUUGGGUUGGUUGGUUGCUCCGGAGCUUUCCUGAGGACAAAAGCAGUUGUGAUGUGCUUGAGAAACAAAACCACUCCUGUGGGAUCUGGUUUAUUUCAGAGGGAGCCUGGCCUCUUCUGGCUGGAAGGAACGCCGGGGGUGAGAGGGGUUCUCUUUCUUGAAGCCAGGCAGAAUUUGUUGCCCUUUUGUGUUUUCCUUCUUGUUUUUUUAACCUCCACGUCGAUGCCAGGGGACCUGUUGAUCUUCUUUGUUGUCGAAGCUGUAUGGGAAGAGAGUGCCUGCUUGUGUGCCUGGAGCAGCGUGCCGCGGGCUGUGCUGCGAAGCACUCGGUGUGUGUGUGUGUUUGUUGCUUUUAAUUUAAGGAGAAGCUGUUCUGCCUGUAGCAGCGUGUUCUGUCUUCCCGUGUCCGUGUGCCAAUGCUGUGCCCUCUCUCCUGCACCGGGCUGCGCCGUUCCCUCUUCUCCUUGGGAUUUUCCUGGCUGUGUAUAUAGACCUUGAGCUGUUCUCCGUAGGGUGUAGAGGCAGUACUUCUUUUCCUGAACGCAGGCUGUAGGGGUAGGGAUGCCACCAGCCCCACACAGGCGCACAGCUGUGAGCUCAGUCGCAUCCAGCAGAGCCCCCACUGCCCCUCCGAUAUCACUGGGGUGUAAUUCCAAGAAUGUUGGCACAACCACUCUGUUCUUGCAGCGGGAGCACAGCACUCAGUUUGGGGUUGGGCUGAAGGCCCUCCUGAUUUAUCUUCCUUUUUUUUUGGCACUGUUUGAGGCGGUGGUGGUGGAGCACUGAGUGGAGCUGAUGGUCACGAAUCCCACCCAGCGCGGGGCGGGGGAUGUUUGGGUGU